AUGGUCAUCAAGGCCAACCUCAAGCUUCCCAUGUACCUCAAGGGAAUACCCAGCAGCUACCUCAAAGUGAUCCUCCAGGUCUACUUCAAGCUUCCCAUGUACCUCAAGGGAAUACCCAGCAGCUACCUCAAAGUGAUCCUCAAAGAAUACCUCAAGCUUCCAAUGUACCUCAAGGGAAUGUUCAGCAGCUACCUCAAAGUGGUCCUCAAAGAAUACCUCAAGCUUCCAAUGUACCUCAAGGGAAUGUUCAGCAGCUACCUCAAGGUGGUCCUCAAGGCAUACCUCAAGCUUCCAAUGUACCUCAAGGGAAUACCCAGCAGCUACCUCAAAGUGGUCCUCAAGGCCUACCUCAAGCUUCUAAUGUACCUCGAGGGAAUGUUCAGCAGCUACCUCAAAGUGGUCCCGUUUUUAAUGGUGUUGGUCAAGCGACGAGUGGGUCCUUCAGCAAUGGUGUUGGUCAAGCGACGAGUGGGACAGCAAGGUUCAGUACCUCCGGAUCCGAUGGCCCUUUUGGCAGGCGGCAUGGCGCAGCUCCAGGCGGUGAUGUUGAAACAGAUGACGGCGGCCGAAAAGGACAAGGAGGGUGAGAAAAGCCCAGAGGCCGUUAAGCCUGGUACAACAACGUUACCUACCCUGCCAGUGAUGAAGGUAGAGUCGGCUUCAGUGGAUAUCAUGGACUGGCUGGAGAAACUCACGUCUCCAAUGUCGGAUUUGUCCGACGGAUCUGGACUCUGGUGGGAAAAGGUCAAGGCCUCCGCGACGAGCUCAUAUGUUGAAUGGGCAAAGUCCAGCCCGCUAGAGAGGCUGAAAGUCUCUCCACCAAGGAACGAAGAGCUAGAGACCGGAAAGUGGAGCCGUGUCAAUUCCCGAGCCUCAAGCAUGCUGAUGUUGGCGUUGGCAGAAGGAGUCCAGAAUGAGAUGGUUGCGAGGCGUUUAACGGGAAGUUCAACCUCCAUCCUCUUCAGACUUAUGACGUUAUAUCAGCCGGGCGGAGAAGAAGAAAAAGUUCGUAUAUUGCACAAUCUCCAGCAGCCACCUCAGGAAGGAGAACCUGCUAAGGUCCUUGAUGCGUUGCGAAGCUGGGAAAGAUGGCUCCGCAGAUGCCGAGAACUGGAAGUGACAGCACCAGAUCCAGCACUGUUGGCGCGGGGACUCAAUGCUAUGGUCAAGAAGGUCAUGGAAAAGAACCCAGAAGCGAGCUUCCGAACGAGCUUAGUGAAGUCCACCCUCAUGGUUGACACCAGACCAACGAUGGAAUCAGUCGACAGCGCGGAGGAGAUUGACAAGGAGAAGAGGGCUACAACACUUUGCAGGUGCCCUUUCAAACAUACCUGGGAAGGCAACGAGAAGGAGAAGGCCCAGCGCUGUUGGACGCCUAACACAGCAGCGUCGUCCUCUACUACGACCACGAAGUCAGUGCGAAUCGACGACAACCCAGAGGUGGAAACGGUUCCAGCGAGACCGGAGCCUGCCGCUUCACAGGGAGGGGACCAACCCCCGGAUAUCAAGGAGAUGCUAGCUGAUGUGGGAAAAAUGCUGAAGCAAAUGACGGCUGCCAACAUCAAGAAGGCAACGAUAGUGGAGGCUGGCUUUGAGCAGAAGUUGGAGGAAGUACAGGCGGCAAUGAGGACGUCGACUACCGAACGAGGGGAAGAGGGGCAAGAUGGACUGCUGGACAGUGGCGCAAGUCAUGCAAUGAGGUUGGCUCAGGGGAAUGAGUAUGAGAACGGAAGCGCUGUGAAGGUCACCUUGGCGGGUGAGGACGUUCGCGAGAUGAAACAGAACAUACAUGGAACGGUUCUCAUCGAGAAUGACGGCCGGAACGCAGUGCAGCCAAUUGUUCCACUCGGAGCAGUGAUUGAGGAGUUGGAUUGUAGUUUGCAGUGGCAGAAGGGCUCUUUCCAGCUAAGGCACCCUCUACGAGGACUUCUGAAGGUGAAGAUGGUCAAUAAUUGCCCUGAAAUCAAGGCCAAGGACGCUCUUUCUCUGAUCAGGGAGCUCGAGUCGAAACAUUUGGCAACCUUGAAUCAUCAAGUCGAGUCUCUGAAGGCGCGCUUGGAAGUUCUCAAGAAGGAAGAGACCCGUACCUGGGACGACAUCCUCCGCGAGUAUGUUAAGAAAGGAACUCAGUCCCUUCUCUUGCGGGCGGUGUUGGUUUGCCCCUUCACGAAGGACCUCCCGGAAGAUGUGCAGGCGAUGGUUGUUGAGGGUUUCGAUGUGGACCAAGGGAUGUCCUACCUGAAGCAGCUCCCACUGACAAGGAGAAGACGUAAGUUGUUGAUGACUUCAAACCAAUGGGUCGUGGUGCUCAACCAGGCCGCAGCGGAGAACCAUGAUGAUCCCCUCAGCGUUGUCCAAAAGGAUGGCAAGGUCAUCUUGGAGGUUGAUUGUGGCACUUCCCGACUGUGGGACAUCCACAGAAAAGGAAUAGUGUAUCAGCUUCUUCUAUGGGCCGCAGCGCGAGGCAAGGUCACGGACAUCCUUGGAUCCCCACCGCACUCUACAUGGCCAACCUCCAUGACUCCAGACCGGGGCCCUCAAUCAUAUCCAACAAGAACUACGGCGUUUCCUUAUGGACAUGAUGCACUACCACCACUUAAGCAGCAGCGGUUGGACUGUGAAACAGCAGCGGCGGUGAAGCAGAUGUUGUUGUGGAUGGUGGCUACCCUUUCUGGAAAGGGCAAUGUGGGUUUCCUUUUGGAGCAGCCCUCUGACAAGGAACGACUACGUCAAGAUGAUCCAUCCAUGGCCUCCCUGUGGAAAACUGAGCUGUGGAAAUCGUUUAAGUCGGUGAGCGGCAUGAGUUUGUCCUCGUUUUACAUGGGCGCUAUGGGCCACAAAGGAAAAAGACCGACUACAGUAGCAACCAACUACGCUCGCCUUUGUCAACUUGAUGGGCUGUAUGACUUCGCGGACAACUGUGUGCCACGGUCUUUGGUCGAUGACAAGGAAAUGAAUACGUGGUCUCGUGGCUUCAAGGAGAUUGUGGCGAAGGCAGUAAGUGAGCUUCAUCAAUGUUCAAUGUCCGAGGAGGAGGCCCUGGACGAGCUGGGCGUGAAGGUUUCCAAGUUGACCAAGGAGCAGAAAGAAGCCUGGAAAAGGCAUUUGCAACAGGAUCAUCAACCUUAUAGAGCAGACUGCUCUAUAUGUAUAAACGCGAGGGCAACCGGAUAUCAACAUCGACGUCGACUACAUCCUUCAAUGUUCACGGUCGCCAUAGACCUCGCUGGUCCCUUUAAGCAAAAGGGGCGAGACAUGGAGCACGAGGACUUUCGCUACCUCAUGGUUGCAGCCUAUAGGUGCCCCAAGGCUUACAUGAGCUCCAAGGGCAUCACCGACUCCGAUGCAGAGAUGUAUGUUCCAGAUGAAGAGGAAAUCUCGGAUGAAGAUCCCCUCGCUUUGGAUGACGAAGUGGCUACGAAGGAAGAUGAGCAUCCGAUAUCCGAAGAUGAGGAAGAGCGACCUCUUCAAGGCCCCGAGACCUUGGACGAUGUGGCGGAAAGGUUGACUCAGCCAGAGGAAGCCGCUACAGUCUACAUUACUAGGCCCUUGAGGAGAAGGACGGCGGCACAUGUUUUGCAGGCCACAAAAGAAAUAAUGAUCCAGUUGAAACAAACCGGACUACAUGUGUCUGGAAUUCACAGUGACCGAGCAAGGGAGUUCAAGGCCAAGCCGUUCAAGGAAUGGACGAUUGACGCGGGCCUUAGACACACCAAAACCGCCGGAGGGGACCCUACGGGUAACUCCACGGCAGAGCUUGGAAUCAAAUGGGCAAAGUCUCGAAUGCGGGCUCUCCUGAAGUCAGCUGGUGCUCCUCCUCGUGAUUGGCCAAUGGCAGCGGCGCACGCAUCAGCAGCUUUAUGGGGAAAACUGUUCCCGGAUAGCCCCUACUUUCAUCCUCCUGCAACGACGUUUGGAAAUGAAGUCUGGUUCCGUGCAAAGAACUACAUGGGUACCAAGGAGAGAAAACACGAGGCGGCUGGGACUCGAUGGAAAAAGGGUUACUACAAGGGCCCCAGUAUGGAUGUUCAUCGAGGACAUUUAAUUUCUCGAGAAGAUGGUGGACUCACGAUUGCCAAAAGCGUCAAGUUCGAUGUCAAGGAUGUAUAUGGCGACAAAGAACUACGUGAUCUACUACCACCAGCUGUGGCGGAGAAUGUUGAGGAUGAUGGUGAUAAAGAAGAGUGGGCUCCUUCCAAGGCGCAACUUAAGGAGGAAAUUGAGUUUCAAUCGAGGAUGCUCCGGGAAAAGGGGAGUUACACCAUCGAAGAUGUCCUCGAAAUCUACUACAAGCUUGAGAAACUGGGUGAUACCGACCGCCGAGUAAAGAAGAAGAUGGAUGUGAAGUCGUGGUUCACGGGAGCCUUUGUUCAUGGUGGGAAGGCUGGGCCCAGAAGCAACGUUGAGAACUUCCCUCAAACAAGUAAGUUGCUCGUGGAGUUCGGUAAGAAGUUUGCAAAGGGGAAAACGUUUUCGGCUGUUGGCAUGGCAAGGAACGCCCAACUUGGACUUCAUCGCGACCUACACAACGACCCAGACUCCUUCAAUACCGUGGUGCCGCUCACUGAUUUUGUGGAAGGUAACCUAUGGGUUCAAGACGAUGAGGUUGAGGAGGAGAUGUGUGUGAUGAAGACCAACCCCAGUGGAGAUAGAAUCCGCGGAAAAAUCUUGGAGAUCAAGAAGGGUGAAGCUACAUUUUUCCAGCCUCGACAAUGGCAUGAAGUACAGCCUUGGGUUGGAGAUAGGAUCGUCCUCCUCAUGUUCACUCCGCGUACCUCAAAGUUGACGCCAGAGGACGUUGAGACACUCAGCGAAGCAGGCUUCGUUUUUCCCCAAGUUACUGGUAAAGAAGGAGAACGGCAGCACCUUCCAGAAAUUCAGGAGGAGGAACGGCCAUUGGUCAAUGUGAAGAUGUUGGCAAUGCAGGGCCACCCCGAACUCCCGGUGACCUUUGAUGAGAUCUAUGACGAGGACCUCCUCCCAGGAGGAGAAUGUCAACCUGGGACAACUGGUGCCCCAACACAUGCGGAAGCCAUCCGCAACUUUGCGGCGGCGAAGUUGAUGAAGAUCGUCAAGAAGGCGGAAGUGCAGUGCACCCCGGACAUUGAAAAGGUGUUGGCAGAGCUGGCUCAAGAAAACCAGCCCUUACAGGUGACGCAUACCGUAAGCCUUCAAGAGGUGAAAAGGAACUUGGGUGCAUGGAAGGAAUCGGCAAUGAAGGAGUUCAAAAACCUCGUCGACUCCAAGAAUGCCUUGAAGAUCACAAAACGUCAUCUACUACCUCCAGGGUGCCGCAUUGUACCGUGUAAGGGAGUGUACACCGUGAAGCCUGACAAAGGUCCACUUGGAUAUCGUCGAAAAACACGUUUCGUUGCUUGCGGGAAUUAUGUCCCGGAGAAUGAGACGACCUUCGACGUCUACGCCGCAGGCCUUGACGCCACUUCGCUACGCACCGUCCUUGCUUCAAGCUCCACGAACCCUAAAUGGGGUUGGGGGGUGACAGACAUAAGACAAGCUUUCGUCCUAGCACGGUGGCUUGGUGGUCCAGUUGCUCUACAACCCCCAGCGAUAGCAUUUGAUUUGGGGCUGGCGGAGGAAGGAGACAUGUGGGAAGUACAGCAGGCCAUAUAUGGCCUUAGAGAGUCACCGGCAAUGUGGAGUCAGUAUAGAGAUGCUCAGCUUACAGUGGCGAGGUGGAAUGUGGAUGUUGAUGGUGUACCAGUGACUAUGAAGCUUGAACAGAUGAUCUCUGACAAUCAGGUUUGGAGAAUUGUUAGAGAAGAUGGACAGGGAGGUCCACAAGGUUAUCUACUGGUAUACAUCGAUGACCUUCUCAUCAACGCCGAGGAAAAUACAAUGCGAAGUUUCUUCAGCUGGCUUUCAGCGAAGUGGGAGGUGGACGAAUUGGACGUUCUCGACUACAACCACCCGAUCAAGUUUCUGGGGACGGAACUACAUAAAGUACCAGGUGGAGUUGAAAUGGCACAAGAAGGCUUCAUCAAGGAGCUCUUGCGAGCUCAUGGACACAAAGGUACAAGGUCAAAGAUUCAAGGCCCGAAGGAAACAAUGAUUCUUUCAGAUGAGGAGGAGCGUGCCCUUAUCGACGCGGAGCCGGUGGACAUCUCUGGAAAGGAGGAUAUUGUCAAGGAGGCUCAACGUCGGGUCGGAGAGCUACUAUGGUUGAUGGGACGAUCAAGGCCGGACAUCCAGCAUGCGGUGUCAAUUAUGUCUUCAAGGAUUACAAGAUGUCCAGAGUUGGUAAAUAAGGUGGGAGUGAGGAUCCUUGAUUACUUGUGUGAAACCAUCCACUACCGGUUGCGCUUUGUCCCGAACGACCAAAAGAUCAACCACCUCGACAUCUACACGGACAGCUCUUUUGCUCCAAGUGGAGGAAGGUCCCACGGUUCAAGUGCAGUAUUUUUCAACGACUGCGCCAUUACAUGGCGUUCGGCACGCCAGCAGCUAGUGACGCUUUCGACAGCAGAAUCAGAACUACUGGAAGCUGUGGAGGGUAUGGUGCAAGGAAGGGCAACGAAGGGACUUCUGGACGAGCUGACCAAUGACAAAGUGAUCAUGAACCUCCUGGUGGACAAUGCCGCGGCAGUGACUUUGCUGGGCUCUGCUACAGGAUCAUGGCGAACUCGUCAUUUAAGACUUCGUUCAAAUUGGCUGAGAGAGCUUAUCCAAGCCAAGGCAGUGAACUUACGCCAUCAGCCGGGAGAUGGGCAACGAGCCGAUUUAGGCACUAAGCCGUUCUCAAGAGAACGGCUCCAGCAGUUGGUAAGGUUGUGGGGACUCGUCGACACAAGACCUCCGUCCACGUCAGCUACGGCAACAACAAAGAAGGUGUCUAUGAAUCCUUCAUGGUUAUCAACGCUUUUGAUGAUGUGCCAGGUUUGUGGAUCAGCGGGCCAGAAGGAGGACUUGCAGACGGAACUUCCAUGGGACCUAUACGUGGCAAUCCUCGUCCUCUCGAUUGCAGUCAUUGCGGUGUGGGAGGGUGGGAAAAGCUGUUUGAGACCCCGAGGUACGAAUGUUAAGGCCUUACGAGUUCAGGCAAAUGCUUCGCAAAGGUCAAGGAAGAUGACGCGCAACGAGCUCAAGGAGCUCCAGCGAAUGUUAGCAAUCGACCCUAACGACCUGACGUCUACCCAGAAGAUUCGACUUGUGGAGCUUCAGGAGAAAUUCAAUGACACUAUGCCCGAGGGUAGUUCUCCUAUGCCAAGGUUUCCUGAUGAAAUGUUUCAGGCAAGCUCAUCCACCGCCUCUGCGUCCUCUACAACACCACCCUCAAGCUACAAUAAGCAGCCAAAGUUGAAGGAGACAAAAGAUGCAGAGACACAGACCAGUGCCCCAGCUUUCACGAGAGUGGAACCUUCGCCACCAACAGCGAUACGAACCUAUGCGGGCCCAUUUUACCAGACGCCAGGAGGAGAUAGAUUUCAUGUGUUUCCUCACUGCUGGGGACUACGGAAUGCGUCUCGAACGAAUACCGUUUCAGUAUGCAGAUGCUGCGCUGAGAAUGCCGGGAAUCGAAUAUACUGA